AUGGCGAUGCUAGAGAAGGCGAGCAAGGCAGAAGGAGUGAGCCCUUCCCCCAGGUCUUCCCCCGGGUCUUCCCCUGGGCCUUCCGCCGUCCUUCCGCCGUCGGCCCUUCCGUCGGUCCUCCCGCCAUCGAUCGUUCCGCAGUACGAACGACUGUUUUUUGCGUCGAGGGCUUUAGGUGAGGAUGAGGGGACAGCGAGGGUUUUAGGCGGGGCGGACGGGACAGCGCGGGUUUUAGGCGGAGCGGACGGAGCAGUGCGGGUUUUAGGCGAGGGGGACGGGGCAGCAAGGGGUUUAGCGGGCGACGAGAGCGAUCAGCCUCGACUGCAAAACGAUGCCGCCCUGUCACGCGCUGAUGCCGAUCGGAACGCCAGCGCCAGUGAACGUGCUACGGUCAAAAAACGCGCUACAGCCGACCUGGGCGCUACAGCCGAUCGGGUUGCUACAGCCUCUCACGACGACGAUAAUGUAGCUGGGAGGGAAGCUACAGUGUUGCACGACGAUGCUGAUGCAACGAAAGCUUCGGAUAGUAGACUUGAUUCCGUUGUCCUGAGGGAUGCUGUAACGAGAGAUGCUGUUGUCGAAGGUGAGUCUGCAGUGACGCACGUUGGAACGACGGCGCGCGGAGAUGCUCGUAUUGUAGCGAGAAUGCCACUAACGAGUCCGAUUAUUGACUUGACGCUAGAAGAGAGCGACACGGUGUCUGACGUGGAGCAUGCACGGGCUGACGUUAGCGCCGCCAGAGUUGACGUGGGGAAAACCGGGACUGACGUAAGCGAUAAAAGGACGGACGUGGACAUGAACAUGGACAGUACAAGGGCUGAUGACGUGGAGCAGACAACGGGUGUCGUGGAAACGACAAGGGCCAGCGUGGAACAAUUUAUGGCGGAUGUUGAAGCGGAGAGUGACAAGGUGGAGGAGGCAAGGGCAGACGGACCGGCCAGAGGGGACGGGGAUGGGGUGAGUGAUGCAGGGGCGGAGGCACGCGAUAGGGGUGAGGAGCGAGCAGGCGGGGCGACUGCAGGCGGUGAAAUAGCAGUGGGGGCUACGGGUUCCGGGGAGGGGGAGGGGGAGGGGGAGGGGGAGGGGGAGAGGGGAGAGGAAGGGGCGGAGAAGACUGGCAAGGGGAGGAGGAAAAAGGGACGCCGAGAGAGAAGAGGAGAGGAGGAGGGGACGACGGCAGUGGCAGGCGAGGGACAGAGUGCGGCUUUGGAGGGCGGGCAGAAUGAAAACCAGGACGGGCAGCAGAGGAAAAAGAAACGGAAGAAGAAGGCGAAGGGCCAGGGAGCAGAGGGGGCAGAGGGAGAAAGAGCCGAUGGCGCAGCAGCGAGUGGGCAGCAGGGCGACCAGUCGAACUCCCAAGGGAAGGCCCAGUGGGGGCCUCAACGGAAGUCGGAAGCAGCAGGCGAGGCAGGGGACGAGGCAGGGGACGAGGCAGCGGGGGAGGCAGGCGGGGAGAGCGUGGAGAUGCGGCGGCUGUUGCGGCUGCCACGUUACUUCACACCGGCCGAGGGGCAGCACCAGUGCUACCUCUGUGGCCUCGUGCUCGCCGGGCCCCUUCCCCACGUCUGCCAGGGCGCGCAGCAGGGGGAGGGGGGUGAAGGGGGGACAGGGGGGAGGGCGGGGGAGGGCGAGGGCGAGGGGAGGGUGUGCUGCGUGUGUGGGGGGUUGGGGCAUUCAGAGCGGCGGUGCCCCGAGAGGGUGAUGUGUGUGCGCUGUGGGCAGCCGGGCCACGUGGUCAGGCACUGCCCCUCCCGCACGUGGACCCGGGCGCAGGGGGUGGCUGGUGAUGGCGGGCGCAAGGGCGCUCACGGUGGCGGGCGGGGAAGUGGGGCGGCGGAGUGCAUGAGGUGUGGCGGGGAGGGGCAUGUGUUUGGGGAGUGCUGGCAGCCGUACGAUCCCGCUGACCUGGCGAGGGUGCAGUGCCACGUGUGCCUGCAGUGGGGCCACCUGGCGUGCGCUGAGCUGGCAGACCCGCCACCCAAGCCGUCGUGCUGCUGCUGUGGCGCCAGGGGACACCACGGCGAGGUGAGCGGGAGCAUGAAGGUGCUGCUGGGAGCGGGGGGUGGUGUGAGGUGGGGGGCUUGGGGGGGUGAGAGGUGGGGGGCAGCUUGGGGGGUGAGAGGUGAGGGGCAGCUUGGGGGGUCUGCUCCAUCCUCCUCGUUGCUUUCCUCCCUACACUUUACAACAGCAACCACUCUCUCACGCCUCCUUCCCUCUGCUCUGCGCACACCCUACCCCCUCCUCUCCCCCUUACCCCCUCCUUUCCCCCUUACCCCCUCCUCUCCCCCUUACCCUGCCCACUGUCAGGAGUGCCCCUCUUCACGCCACUUCAACUCCUUCAACUUCGCUACACACAGCCCCGCCACCAGAUACAAAACAGCAGGUGCCGACACACCUGCUGGUCACCUGAGGGCAGCGGGUGUGGGCAGGGGGUCAGAGGGGCGGCGGUGCUUCCGGUGUGGCGAGGCGGGGCAUUUGAUCAAGGACUGCCCCAAGACGUUUCGCAGGGGGCGGGGCACGCAGGAGGAUGAGGGGGGGGAGGGAAGUGGAGAUGGUGGAAAUAGGUGGAGGGGAGGGAAGGAUGGGGGUGGAAAGGGAGGCAAGAAGCGCUUUGCUAUGGCUCAGCUGAGUAGUGAUGAUGGUGAUGAAGAGGAGGAGAUGGAUGGUGGUGGUGACGGGGAUGACACGCGGUUUGUGGGGUAUGAUGACAGUGAUGAUAGCGGGGAGGAUCGUAUCGGGGAUGGCAUUAUGAUUGCCGCCCGCUUUGAUACAGGGAGAGGCGGCAAAUGGCAGCAGGGGCAGAGAGGGCAGAGGGGGCAAUGGGGGAAAACAGGGAAGCAAGGAAAGAAAGGGCAGCACAAGUGGUUCUGGGACAGUGAUGAUGGCAGCAGUGGGAACCCCAAUGGCCGUGAGUAUGAGGAGGAGGUGGAUGAAGAGGAGGGUGGGUGGAGGAAUGUGAGGGGGGCAGGGCAGAUGAAGGAGAAGAAGAGACGUGGGGGUUGGGAGGAAGGGGGAGAUGAAGGAGAUGGGCAAGGUGGGAAGAGAAGGAAGCGGCAGCAGUUCGAAGGGGGGAGGUCUGCUUGGGAUGAGGAGGAAGAUGAGGAUGCGGAGGAGGAGAGGAGGGAGAGGAGGGAUGACACGGGGUGGAGUGGAGCGAAGGGGGGGAGGUGGCGCAAGGGUGGUGGUGAGGCGAGGGCUGCAUGGGGGAUGGGGACGGGGGGAAAGCAGGGAGGCGCAAAGGGGAAGGGCGGUGGGAGCAAGGAGAAGGGAUGGUGGGCGGGCAGAAAGCACUUAAGCGGGCAGAAGAGGAAGCGCAACGAGGGGAAGAAGGAUGGCAAGCCGAGGUGGCCUUGA